AUGAAGUUUCAAUUUGUCACCGCCUUAGCAUUUGUUUCCACCAUGGUAGUUGCUGCUCCAAUCAAUGAUCAACAAGAAGUUGCCGGUGCUAUUGCUGCCACUCGUUCCAAACGUGCAGGUGGCUCUACUGGAGCUGAAUUACAAGAUAAUAACCAAGCUACUGCUGGUUUAUUUGGCGAUGGUAACAGUUUUGGUAAUCAAGGUCUUGGUGGUUUCCUUGCUGCUACUGUUGACUCACUUACAAAAGCCAUUGCUAGUCCAAUUAAAGGAAUCUUAGCUCCUGGAGGAAACAGUGGCGCUGGUGGUAACCUUUUGUCUGGCAUUUUAGGUGGCUUAUAA